AUGACCACGCUCGACAACCCGGGCGCGGUCAACGCUACUUCUGUGCCACCGGAAGCGUCUAUUCCCAGCGUUUCCGGUGCCACAACGGCCGUUCCUCCGGCUGGUGCUCAAUCACCCGCCACUACCCUGCGCCAGCGCAAGCUUCCCGAUGUCGACUACGCUGCCGACGACGAGAGUGGUGAUGAUGACCAGGGCAAGGACAAGCCCGAGGUCACCUGGGGCAAGACCCCCAGCGGUGUCGUCUUCCGUGUGCCUCAGACCCACUCUUGGGUGACGACCAUGCUCAACACCUUCCACCGCUCGUCCCUCACUCGAUGGACCGCCUUCUCGCUCAUUUCGCAGCCUCUCCUUUUCUUCCUUCUUCGCAACUGGCCCACGACUCGCUCCGUCUUCUUCCUCAUCUACUUUGCAUUCUGGCGUGCAGCCUACGACUUUGGCUUUGCCUGGCUUUUGCGCAAGCAGAGCGAGGAAAAGUACAUCAUCCGCACCCUCCGCCGCUGGGGCUGGCUUGACGUCAAGUCGGAAUCGGGCGGCGAGGAGGGCCGAGAGUGGGCCAAGUGGUGGAAGAAUGAGCUCGAGAUGAAGAUGGGCGAGGGUUACUCGUGGGAAGCGCUCCCUGCCGAAUACAACUCGUGGCUAAUCUUCCGUCAGCUCGUUGACAUCGUCCUCCUCAAUGACUUUGUCGCCUACUCGCUCUUCGCUUGGGCCAACCUCACCUUCCCGGCUGGCCAGGGCAUCAUUACCCAUGUCGCGCGCUGGAUCCUCGGCUGGUCGCUCAUCGUGUUCAACCUCUGGGUCAAGAUGGAUGCCCACCGCGUCGUCAAGGACUACGCGUGGUACUGGGGAGAUGCCUUCUGGCUCAUGGUCAUGCAGCACGACCUCGUCUUCGACGGUGUCUACGAGAUUGCGCCCCACCCAAUGUACUCGGUUGGUUACGCCGGCUACUACGGUCUUUCGAUCGUAGUCGGAUCGUACACAGUUCUCUUCGUAUCGCUUGCGGCGCAUGCCGCUCAGUUUGCCUUCCUCCUUUGGUUUGAGAACCCACACAUCGACCGCACCUACGGCGGCGCCAAGAAGCCCCUCGCCGCCCGUAUCCCUUUCGACCUGAAGACGCCCUCCUCGAUUGCGAGUGGCGACGCCCUUGACAUGGCGACUCCGGCGGCUACUGAGGGCGAGACUGAAACUGAGCCCGAAGUUGUCGAUCUGCCCGAGCAACAGGAGCCGCCCGUCAAGCUCCGCUCACCCUCGGCAACCGUCAGCGAGUCUGCCGCGUCCGGCCGCCCAAAGCGUUCUCGUGCCAUGUCGACGAGCAUGCAUGAUCUCACGCACCGCUUCUUCCGAAAGCCGGUCAUCAUUCUCUCCCGCAUUGACCCGUUCCGCGCGACUGACUUUGCACUCGUCCUACUGAUCGCCUAUGCCGUCUUCUCGCUCAUUCCUGCGCUUCCCAAGUCGGUCGGACUCGCCGCCCACUUCCUCCACGCUUUGGCCUGGCGCUUUUUCCACUCGUACGGUCUUGGUCUUGUCCUUCGCGCUCAGUCCAAGACUAAGUGGCUCGUUCGCCACUACCUCAAAAGCUACCCAUACCCGAACGACAACGACGACCUCCUCGACAACGGCUCGGAUGGCUCGGACGCCGACCAGAACGUCGUUCGCCGUGCCACCGAGGAGGCGUUCCAGAACUGGCAGGUGGCCUACAACAUUUCGCUUGUCUUGACGUACAUCUCGUUCAUCGGCCUCGCUUGGAAGACUUACCAUCUUCCCUCAGACUGGACCGUCUCUGGUACCAUGCUCCGACAUGUGCUGGGUGGUGCCCUCAUCGCGCUCCAUCUCUGGUCCGCCGUCUCCACCGUCGAGGAUCUGGGCGAGUUUGGUUGGUUCUACUCGGACUUCUUCCUCAUUGAGCAGGUCCCUGCUCGUCUUGCGUACCACGGCAUCUAUCGCUUCCUCAACAACCCCGAACGCACGCUCGGUGGCGCUGCGUUCCUCGGCCUUGCCCUCAUCUCCAACUCGAAGCUCGUGUUCUUCCUCGCGAUAUUCUCCCACCUGUCGCACUGGUGGUUCCUUAGCUUCGUUGAGCAGCCACACAUGAAGAAGCUCUACGGCGACCGUCUCCGCAAGGACGGCGGCCUCACCAAGACAGUGAAGACGAUGGCUGGUAAGCGCCUGGCGAACAAGGCCGCGAUCCCAGAGAUCAAGCGCUACGUUGACGAGGUUCGCGACUCUAUCGAGAAGGUUGAGGCGAAGAUCAAUACGGUUGUCGAGGACCUUAUCGAGCAUGCACGCCCGCGCUGGUCCGAGUUUGCCAACGACACAAAGAAUUUUGUCAUGCAUGCACGCGAGAAGACACACUUCACCCGCGUCGCCAAGGACAUGUCUGCGUACGACAGGUCCCAGUAUUCGAUCAACAUUGCUUCGUCGUCGUCGGCCUCAUCCGUUCCUCGUUUCCACGUCGGGCAGCCGAUUCGAGUCUCGUGGACUGCCCCCUCCAACCACUCGCGCAAGGACUGGAUCGGCAUUUACCGCCUGGGCUCGUGCAAGGGUGACCUUGUCACGCGUAUCUCUAGCGUGGGCAAGUGGGUGCCCAUCUUCGAGGAGGAGUACGAGGGCGAGGAGCAGUGCACACCCUCCCAUCCCGUCUGCGAGGGUGAUGCUGGUAUUGUCACCUUCAAGGGCAAGCGACUGCCCUGGGCGCCUGGACAGUACGAGCUGCGCUAUCACCACGACGGAAAGCACAACGUCAUGGACACGAUCGCGCCCAUCGAGAUAUACGUCUCAAAGCCGAGCGAUCUCCACAACUACCGUGCGGUACACGACGCCGUGCUCAACCUUGUUGUCCUAGCUCUUGAGGCCAAUGUCUCGCUUGUUCCCCGCUCAGCACAUGCGCGUGCCGAGUCGAUGAGCCGCUCGCCGAUGGCGGGCAAGCGCGGCCUCGGUUCGCCGCCGGCCAUCGUCGCCCCCCUCUCGCCCAAGGCGGCGUCCAAGGUCCCAGCCGGCUCCCCACCUGGCACCGCAUCUGCAACCCAGACGUCCUUCUCCCUCGACACCACGGGAGCUGCUCUGGCGGUCGAUACUAGCCUGGGCCUUGACGUCGAUCCACAGAUAGCGACACCAACGACAGAGCUCGCCAUAGAGCUGAGCGCCGAGAUGGACCACCAGCCAGCCCCCGACGAUCCGCUUGACGAAAUGCUACAGGACGCUGACGACUUUGUCAUCAUGGACGAAGUACAAGCGAAACGCAUCUCGGGUUUGCUCAAGCAGGCGUUUGGUGUCGACUUGAGCACCGCUGUCGUGAUUGCGGACGCCAACGUAGGCGCGUUGGCCAAGCGAGUCAUGGGCUCGCGACAUCUCGUCGACGGCAUGCAACCGUUAGUGGAAACCGAGUGA